AUGGCGGUGAUGUUUUUGAUGGAGAUAUGCGUCCUGACAGUUCAUGACAAAAGGCACCCAACUCUAUCUUUCAGCGUCCGAUCAGCCGUGGCAAAGAAGAGGAGAGAAGAGCGCAGGAUGAAAAGCACUGGCUUACUACUGGGUUACUUUUUGAUGAAAGUUCUUGUGUGCGACGCGGAAGGAGAACCUGGGAAGAACCUGGAUGGUCUGGUGACGGCGUCUGGGUCCAACGACUCUAGAGACGGGGGAAACGGUCUCUCUGAGACCCCUCACACGGAGGACAGGUGUCGGGGCUAUUAUGAUGUGAUGGGUCAGUGGGAUCCUCCGUUCGUGUGCCGGACGGGGAGUUACCUGUACUGCUGCGGGACCUGUGGCUUCAGGUUCUGUUGCGAGUUUAAGAACUCCAGGUUAGAUCAGACCACAUGCAAAAACUACGACACCCCGCCGUGGUCCAUGACUGGCAGACCACCGCCGAAGAUGAUGGACCAACACGAUCCGACUAAGGAUAAAACGAAUUUGAUUGUGUAUAUCAUAUGCGGAGUAGUUGCUAUCAUGGCGCUGGUUGGGAUAUUCACCAAACUUGGCUUGGAGAAGGCGCAUCGACCUCACAGAGAGAACAUGUCCAGAGCCCUGGCCCAGGUCAUGCGCCAGACAGCUCCAGGAGAACAUGUGGAGAGGGAGGAGAGUUUGGCAGUUCAUGGACAACACUACGAGAACAUGCAGGCCAGAGCAACAGGAAACAACCUGCAGGGCGCCCAAAUGAACAGUGUGGGGCCUGGUUCAUCUCUGAUGCAAGCCAUGACACAAUACCCUGCACUUGGACAGGUACCUGUAGCUCACCCAUAUGAGCCAUCUCAACCUGGAAAGGAGCUCAACAAGUACGCUUCGCUCAAGGCUGUGGCUGAAAAAGCGAAUGAAAACUUCUACACUAACAGACGGCACCUAGCCGACCUGGCAGCGAAAGGCACUCUUCCCAUGCACUCGGUGAGUCUGGAGCAGGAGCCCACCAACCCUUACAGCCCCGAGCUGCCCUGCCAAAAGCAGAAUGGACACAAGUCCAAAAGCACCAAGGUCCACAGUUCCCACCCGCUGGCAUUUGGCUCGAACACCAUCGCCAACCCCGGCAUGCUGAAGAACUGGGAGGUGACAGAAACGCUGGGUCGACGGCAGACGCACGGCCCCAGGAAGCACAGCGCCACUGUGGAGCAAGUGAACGAGCUGACGUCCGCCCACAGCCAGCACUACCUGCCGCCACAUCCGUACUUUGUCACCAACAGCAAGACUGAGGUGACCGUGUGAACGGGGCCACAACACCGGGUUUAUCGAGCCCAGGCCUGAGUGGGUGCGUGGAACGAGGAUAACAAAGGAAGCCUAAUUGUGGAAGAAGAAGUGUGGAUUAGGACCCCGUCCUACUGGAAGGAUUGACCGAACGGUCUGGCUUGAGAUCUGCAUAGCUGUCUGUGUGCUGUUUGUCUUUGAGCGGUUGUGCAUGGAACAGGCAUGCAUUGGACUUCAGCCUCAUUUGAAACGGAAAGAGUAACGUUACUCAAAGGAACUCUUUCUGUGUCCAUUCCGUCACAAUGCCAACGAACAAUUGUGAAAUGAAAAAAUGAAAACCUGUAGUGAUGAGUUUGUCACAAGGCCAUCCGUCAAAGUGAUGAGGACAUGUUCAAACCCGAAACAAUAGAUGCAAUCAAACGUUCUAGGUCUGAAAACUCAACAGCUUGUGAGAAAGUCGCUCAAAUCCAAAACACACAUUGUUUUUCUCAGAAUCUUGUACAUAACAGAA